AUGCCGAACCAGAUGCCCACGAAGCAGUGGUACAAGGACGACUACCUCAUAUCCACCGACCGGUCCCUCCUCCAGCUGAAUGCCAUCAAUGACGCGUUUGACACGGAGUUGUUAUGGUGGGCGAAGCGGGUGCCCGAUGAUGUGCUACGGAGGAUGAUUGACAACUCGCUAUGUUUUGGCGUCUACAAGCUUCCCAAGUCUACCGCUGAGAUCGCAGGGAAGAAAGGCCCAGAGCUGGUCGGUCUCGCGAGGCUGGUGACCGACUUCGUCUCCCUCGCGUAUCUGGCGGACGUGUACGUGCUGCAGGCCCAUCAGGGCAAGGGCCUCGCGCCGUGGUUGAUGGAGUGCUUGAACGAGGUCCUAGACGAGUGGCCGGACCUGCGGCGAUUUCUCCUCUUGACGUCGUCGCCGCAGGCUAGCAAGUUGUACGAGAAGACUCUCGGGACCACGGAGUGGGGCAAGUCGUACGACGGGAAGCUGUUCUUGCUUGAGAAGCGCGGGCCCGCAAUGCCGGAUGGGCCGUCGGAUUAUGAGGACGAUUGA